AGCACCCAUCAGGUGAGAACAAUCACCCUGAUUGGCCGCUGGGCGUAUAAAAGCAGCGUCAGUGCGACUCUCCCACAUGUUCAGUCAUGAUGGCUUCUCUCUGGUGCCGUGCUCUGCUCUUCAGCCUCCUCCUCGCCGCUUCCUCCGUGCACGCUGACAUGAAGUUGGACUGCAAGCCCGGCAUGGUGUCGCUGGUGUGGACGGAAGGCAGGUCCCGCGUCGACACCUCCAAGUUCCGCCUGGGCAACUGCCCCCCCACCGCCACCUCGGCCCGGGAGGCCACCUUCACCGUGGAGCUCCACGACUGCAACUUCAUGGCCAUGGUCACCGGGAGCCAGCUGGUGUACUCCAACGCCUUGACUUACCUGAGCGACUCCAAGAGCCACACCUUCAUCCAGCCCGUGGUUUGUGUCUUCGAGAGACCCAAGGAGUAUCACCCCAUCCUCUACGACCCCAUCUUUGCGUCCUCGGGCAGUUCCAACCUGGUGUUCCACAUGGCGCUCAUUGAACGGAUUUCUCCUGUCAAAACCUCGGCAUUUCUCCCGUCAAAACCUCGGGAUUUCUCCCGUCAAAACCUCGGCAUUUCUCCCGUCAAAACCUCGGGAUUUCUCCCGUCAAAACCUCGGGAUUUCUCCCGUCAACUCGUCGGGAUUCCUCCCGUCAACUCGUCGGGAUUUCUCCCGUCAAGACGUCGGGGACUCACAGCCUACCGAUCCCAGGGCGAACACUCUAACCACAAGGCCACUGAGCAGGCCGUCGACUACGAAAGCCGCAGCUCCUACUCCUUCUCAGUGGAGGUCCUCAACCCCACCGUGGACCCUCGCUUCCUGCGUCGAGGACCUUUUAAAGACCGGGCCUCAAUCAGAGUCGCGGUGCUGGAUGCUGACGAGCCGCCAAGGUUCUCCAGGGCCCGGUACCACAUGGACGUGUCAGAAAACUGCCCUCCGGCCUGCACCGUGGGCCGGGUCAGUGCUGUGGACCCGGACACUGGUCUGACCAACAACAUCAGGUUCUCCAUUGACCCUCAGUCGGACCCAGAGGCUUUGUUCCGUAUCACCCCAGACUCUGGCCUCAUCACCACGGCCAUGGAACUGGACCGUGAACGCGAGCACUGGCACAACAUUACGGUCAUUGCCACCCAGAGAGACAACCCCAGCCAGGUGUCCAGGGUUCUGGUUGCUAUAGAGACUUUGGACCUCAACGACAACGCCCCCGAGCUGGACAGGCAGUACACAACAGCCAUGUGCGACUCAUCUACCAUAGGGCAGGUGGUGCAGGUGUUGCGGGCGAUUGAUAGAGAUGAGGGCGGGAAUGACAGCUCCGUGUUUUUCAGCAUCCCCCCGGAGUCCGGCACCGCCCUCAACUUCAGCGUGAGGGACAGUGGUGGUCCCACCGCCAGCCUGGUGCUGCUCUCCCAGCUGCAGCCGCUGUCCCGCUCCUCGGCCUCCACCCUCACCCUCCACGUGCCGCUGGUCCUGAGAGACGGCACGUCGGGUCUGACCAGCACCGGCACGGUCACGGUGUCGGUCUGCCCCUGCCUGCGAGGCGGGGCCAAGACCGGGGAGAAGGGCAAACAGGCGGAGGGCGAGUGGGACUGGGAGAGAGAGGCGGUGUGUCUUCCCCAGCAUUCCACCUUGCCUUCACCCGGGCUCAGCACCGCCGCCCUGCUGGCCAUACUCGCAUGCGUGGCUACGCUCCUGGCGGUGAGCGCCCUGUCCUUGUCGCUGCGGCGUCAGAAGCGGGACUCCCUGUCGCCGCUGGAGGACGACGACGUGCGCGAGAACAUCAUCACCUACGACGACGAGGGCGGCGGGGAGGCGGACACGGCGGCCUUCGACAUUGCGGCGCUGCAGAGCGCCCCCCACAGCUCGCGCUCGCGUACCUACCGCACGCUGGACAGCAGGAACGUACGCUACGCCCAACGUGGCCAGGACAAAGGUCACAUGUACAGCUGGACUCAGAACCCGGGCGUGGACCACAACUACUCCGGCCCGGGUGGACCCCUCUAUGGCCGCCUGUGCUACAGCAGCCACACCUUACCAGUUCUACGCCGCGCACCGGGCGGAGCCUUCGAACCGGGCCUGGCAGAGCUGGGCUACCACUUUCCCGGUGGCCAGCCGGACCACUCGCUGGUCAUCCAGAACCAGGCCGCCAUGGUCGGCCCGAUGGACCCGGGGGCCGUGUACGUCACCCCCGCGGACCUCAGCGCGGGGAGCCGGACGGGGAGCCAGGCGGGCAGCCGCGACGGCACCGCCACCCAGAGCGGCGUGAGCACGUCGGACGAAGGGACGCCGCAGACCGGCGACAGCCAGGAGAAGCGGCGAGGGAUGAGGUCUUCCAGCAACUGCACCGAGGACAGCAGUGAGGACAGAGUCAACCACACCCAAGAUCUGGACUGGGUGCAGUCGGAGACCCUACCCAGGGAGAACAACCUGGUCCUGACGCGAUCCGGCUCCACGGGGGCCUGGAUGUGCGACUCGGCAACGCUCCCGGUGGCGGGUCGCAGGGCUUCCCGAGCCGGCGUGUCCACCAAAGGCGAGUCGGACUGCGGCGGAGGAGCUGGGACCGCCUCUUCUGACGGACAAGCCGGCAACGGACGCGGCAACUACGCCGCUGUGUUGCAGGGUGAGGCGCCCGGGAGAGGAGGACUGGAGAUGGGCAGCAACUUUGUUGUGGCAAGGCCAGAGAGAGAAGCUGGUGGGAUGUCUUUGACUGGGACUCCAUCGGUCUACCCAGACUCUGGGUUGAUUGGGGACUGGCGAGAUCGGGUGGGUUUGGGAGGUUAUGUGUUGGCAAGGAUGGAUAUGACCCCCCAGCUUUUACCCUUCGCAGGUCAACCUCGGGGAGCCUAUGGGGGCGUCGUUGGCUUUAGUCCUGGUUGGGGCCCAGGAAUGGAGGCAUCCAGGGGGACACCAGGUUCUGGGGGUCCCUCUUUGGCUCUAAGGGUGGGCGAGUUCCUACGCCUACGCCUGGCCCAGGUCACUUUUGACCCGUCCCAGCCGCCGUACGACUCCGUGCAGAUCUACGGCCUGGAGGGCACCGGGUCCCGGGCUGGCUCCCUGAGCUCACUGGAGAGUGAGGGAGAGAAGGAGGCGGAUAAGGAGGACUGGGGUGCCGGAUUGGAGGAAUGGGGACCCCAGUUCCAGAAGUUAGCGCAGCUCUUCAGAGACCACGAGAAGGAGAAAGAAACCAAGGAGCAAGUGGAGGACGGCGCCAAAGAAGAGACCGACAAGAGGAAGGACUGAAGGGAGACUAUGAACAGGAACAAAGAGUGAACAGACGGAGGGGAAGAAGCAGGACUAGAAGAACGUGAAGAGAAGUUAAAUGGAGGAAAGAUGAAGAGGCAAGGUAAUAAAACGAGACGCAGACAAAUGAGCCCAGGGAAGGAGAGGAAGUGAUUGAUGUAAUUUAAAGCAAUAAGCGUUAAAGCGCUGAUACGGCUGAGCACGGAAACCCGGUACCGUACAAAGGAUGACGGACGACUUGUCCAACGCGUGGGACAAAGAAAAACAAGCGGGUCAUAAAAGGACCGGUCCGGCGCGUGCGGUGGAACCUCCGUUUGCGAACCGCAGCCGAUCUCGGACAGGAGUCGUGAAUAGAAAAGUUAGUGUACCGAAACUAAUUCAUCCACGACGUAAACACAACCUGGCAGGCACAAGACAUUGAAACAACGUUGAUUGCACUUACAAGUCCUUUAAAUUUGUGAAUCUAACGUUGGAUCCACGUUGUUGGUUGGGAGAUUACCAAAAUUCAAUGGUCAAAACAACGUCAGAACCCAACAUUGAUUAAACGUCAAAAAGCAUGUUGUUUCAACGUUGUAUUUGUGUUGUAGAAUAUUGGUUGGGAAAUGACCAAACUUCAAUGGUCAAAUCAACGUCACAACCUGACAUUGAUUAAACGUUGUCAAAAAGCAUGUUGUUUUAACGUUAGGUUUGAGUUAUAGAACAUUGGUUUGGAAAUGACCUAAAUUCAACGGUCAA